UUAGGUAUUGACACGUCAGAGCCAAACGCUGUUGUCAUCGGACUCUCUCCUGAUCACUUCAACUACCAGACACUCAACCAGGCUUUCAGGAUGGUUCUGGAAGGAGCUCCUCUCAUCGCCAUCCAUAAGGCUCGAUACUACAAACGUGCGGAUGGUUUGGCCCUCGGCCCCGGGCCCUUUGUGGCGGGGCUGGAGUUCGCUGCAGACUGCAGAGCUACUGUGGUGGGAAAGCCUGAAAAGUGUUUCUUCACACAGGCCCUGUCUGAUUUAGAAUGUAGCCCCACUGAAGCUGUCAUGAUAGGAGAUGAUGCCAGAGAUGAUGUGGGCGGAGCACAGAACGCAGGGAUGUUGGGAAUACUGGUCAGAACUGGUAAAUACCGAGAAGGAGAUGAGGAUAAAAUCAAGCCUCUCCCCCACCUGACAUGUGACAGUUUCCCAGAAGCUGUGGCACACAUCCUGAAGAACCUGCUAUAAAACAGCAGCUCCUUUUUGGACCAAAAACCACUCUAGCUCUAAAGAUGUUUAUUGAAUCAUUCCACUCAGCAUUCCCUCAACCUUUAGGUAAAAUAACAAUGUUAUACUCCUGUAUAUAUAAAAGAGCAUGCACACCUUUAACAACAUGUCUAUUUCACUGUUCUAGACUACUUUUUUAAGUGAAUAAUCCAUAAAAGUAAAGUAUGCAUUGACUAAAUACCCACCAUCUGUUGCCUCAUUAACUGAUGUUUGUCAUUAUGUCAUAAAGUGUACAUUUAACCCUUCUGUUGUGUUCGGGUCUCCCGUGACCCGUUUCAAGUUAAAAUGAUAUAAUAACUACGCUCUACUUUUU